UUACGGCAGCCGGGAGGAGGAAGGUCGCGGCGGCGGCGGCGCUUUCCGGCAGGAGCGGGAUGAGCUUUUACGACAUGUUCCGGGGCUUCUUCGGGUUCCCGGGGGCGCGCAGGCCCCGGGACCCGCUCUUCGGCGAGGCGGCGUGGGACGAGGAGGACGACGAUGGCGACGGCGACAGCUGGGCCCCGCCGCGGCCCCCCGAGCACUUCGGCUUCGGCAGCUUCGAGGAGCUGCUGCGCGACAUGGGCGACAUCCUGGGCUCCCUCGGGGGUGCCUGGGCCAGCCCCCCCCAGCCCUUCGGGCCCGCCCUGCCCGGCCCCAGCGAGGACGGCGUGGGGCGGCCGCUGCGGGACUCCAUGCUGAAGCACCCGGACGGUCCAGCGCCCCCGGGAGGCCCCGGCGCCGCCCGCGAGCCACCCUGGAGACCCUUCGUGGGGCUGGAAGACCCUCAGCCGGCUGCUCCUGGCCUCAAGGAAGAUCAAGAUCUGGACUCCCAGGUCUCCUCUGCGGGGCUGGGGACCAUCCUGCGACCGGACGAGCCAAAGCCCCGCUCUUAUUUCCGGAGCAUCUCUGUCACCAAAGUGACGCUUCCUGAUGGGGCGGUGGAGGAGCGCCGGACCGUGCAGGACAGCCAGGGCCGCCGGGAGACGACGGUGACGCGCCGCAGGGGCGACCAGGCCUUCAUCACCACCACCACGGAGGACGGGGAGAGCAGAGACUACCACGAGGAGGUGGUCAACAUGGACGACCGGGAGCUGGCGCAGUUCGCAGGCACCUGGCAGCAGCGCGACGAGCUCCGCGCGCCCGGCCCGAGCAGCUCCUCGUCCCUGCUGAGCCGCCUCUUCCGACGCUGGUUCUCCGGCUCGUAGCUGCGCCCUCCCGCCGAGCGGUGCUGGGAGCCUCCGUGCGUACGGGGCAGGCCGCGGCGGGGCUGGGCAGCCCGCGGUCCCGCUCUGCCCCACGGACCUGCUCCGUCGGGGAAGGCCAGGGGCCGCGGGGAUGUGCCUGGGGGGCAGCUGCGGUGGACUCGCGGCAGGCGGCCGGGGCCGUGUCCCCCCGAGCGGUCACGUUGGGGGCCAGGGCUGCCCUGUGGCACACCCCCGGCAGGGUGGCGGGAUGUGGCCCCUCCUCACGGCCCGUUUUCAUUGCAGACGUGUCCGAGCCGGCUGGGACCCGGCGCCGGGGCGGGGGCUGCCUUCCAGGGUGCCGCUGAGCCGCUGCCCCGCGUGGGGCUGAGCGUGUGCGCGCGCGUGUGCAGAACAAUAAAGUCUAUUUAUGCUAA